GAAGAGUUUGUUAUUAAAUCCGACCAGAGCCAACGGAAAGGUGUUUUGUUGCGAAGAAGAAGAUGGGUGAAGAGACAGUGAAACCUAUUAGGUUACUUAAUUUCGUCUCCGAGGAUCAGUUAGAGGAAUCGAAGAAAGAAAGAGGCGAGAGAGUUGAAGAUGGAACUUUCCAGAGAGACAGGGCUUUGUAUGAGAUUUUGAAAGAGAACAAAGACAAAAAGGACGCUGAGUUUAACGAACGUUUCAAGCAUAGACCACCCAAAGCUCUUGAUGAGGAUGAGACUGAAUUUCUCGACAAACUCGAACUGUCAAAGAAGGAAUAUGAACGGCAAUUAGCAAAUGAAGACGAGGAACAGAUUCGUAGUUUCCAGGCAGCAGUUGCAGCACGAUCAGCCAUCAUCUCUCAAGAACCACAAGAAGCUGCACUCCCACCAUCAGCUCCAUCCACUAAAGAACAAAAAACAUCCGGGAAGAGAAACCCUGCUACUCGUCCAUUUAACACUAUCAUAAGAGUCAAGCCACAACCUAAGAAGGUUAAAGCACCAGAGGAAGAGAAUAUUGACCAGAGUUCUUUGGUUUCUUCUAAAACACUACAAACAGGUUUAGUCUUAGUCUCAUAUAGUGAUGAAAGUGAAGAUGAUGAUUAA